UUUCUCAAUUACCCAAGAUCUGUUCGUUCACCACUCUGCGAUUUCACUGAUAAAUGGCUUCAUCAAUACCUUACGAUCCUGACGACUUUGACAACAAUCCAUUUGCAGAACCACAGAUCUCGAUCUUAAACAACGAGGCUAAUUCCCCUGCUUCCUCUUCUCAAGCACCUUCAACAGACUCUCCAAAUGGCCCACUGAAUAACUCUUCAAUUGAGCAGCAAAAUCCACCUCUAGCUUCUCCAUCGGAUCAAAACGAGCAACAAGCUCAGAAAGCACAAAACCAAACCUUAGAUCAGCCCCCAGGUUCAAAGCAGCCAAAACUGGCUGAUAACCAACAAGACAAUCUAAAAAACAGAAAGUCAAACUUAUCUCUUUUGCCUGAGAGACGCUCAAAAAAAUACAAAAUCAGAUUGCUGAUAACUGCUAUUGAAAGAGUUGGUAGAAAAGACCCAAUCAUAAAAUUUGAUGCUUAUACUAACUUGCCCAACUUCAGAGGCACCUCUUUUAAGGAUAUUCGAAGGACUCACAACGAACUAGUAAAAUUCUUUACUUAUUUAAAUGGUGCAAAUCCUGAAUGUUUUGUGCCUGCAGUGCCUCCUUCUUCCACAAGCUCUGGAAUCGGAUCAGACGAAAACGACGUCAAAGUCAAGCAAAAUCUACAAGAAUGGUUUGAUAGAAUUACCUCCAACCCAAUUCUUAUAAGAAACGAAGAAUUUAUCUUUUUCAUAGAAUCAGAUUUUGGCUAUUCUCCGGUCAACAAGGGAAGACCUCCUGCCACAGGUUUAAAAAGGAAAACUCUUAAACAACUACAACCUCCAUAUGAUGAAGUAACUGAAUUAGCCGAAUUCAGACCUUUGAUAAAACAAAUUUAUUUAAAUUCUCAAACUUUGCAUCAUAAACUUGAAAAAUUAUCAAAAGCAAGAAAAACCUUGGGUUUAUACGAAAAUGAGCUAGGCAACAGAAUCAUGGAGCUAUCUAGUCUUGAACCCACACACCCAGGAAUGGCUAAUAUGUGGCAGAAGUUUGGAAAGACAAUUGUAGUUAAAGGCGAUAUUGAAAGUGUUAAAGCUACAACAGAAAUGGCCUCCUUGGGAGACGGCUUGAAUCUAAUUAUUAAUGAUUCCUAUGUUAUUAAAGAAGCCUUGACUAACAGACAUUUGUUAAUGAGAGAACUUAUAAAUGCUCAAGCAAACACUAAAAGUAAACAUGCACAAGCUGCAAAAAUCCGUUCCAGAACAGAAAUUAAUCCGUUAAAAGUAGACGAAGCUUUGCAACAAUUGACUGAUGCGACUAAAUUCGAAGAAGACUUGACUAUCAAAAUAAAAAGAAUAUCUGGAAAUAUGUUAAUUGAAAAACAACAGUAUCUUCAACAUUUUGACAAAUCAAUUAAAAAGUAUAUUAGUGAAUAUACAAGAAAAAUAAUUGAAAGUGAAAGGAAAACUUUAGCUGUAUUUGAAAAAAUUAGAAGUGAUGUGAGAAAUGUUGAUGAAAAUGGGGGUUUGAGUCGAUUAGGCAGAGAAGCUUACCCAAGACAUAAAACUGUUUCUGUACAAAGCCAAGGUCCUGAAGGUGAUAGCUGGAGUGGUGACAGAAAAACUAGAGCUGUUGUACCUGGACAAAAUGCUCUUCAAGAGGAUAUAAAAGACUUUUCAAAGCCAAACCAAGUGCAUAGAGCAAGUACAGCAAGUACUUUAGAUUCUGAAGAAAAUACUAUUGAUGCCCGUAAUGCUGCUUCACUUUUAGGAGGAUCAACUUUUUAA